AUGUGCCUGGGUGCGGGCCAUGCGGCGUUGAGCGCCACCUGCGCCUCGUGUGUCGCUCUCCCCAGGGAGGAGAGUGAACGCAGGCGCGCGUUCUUCGCCGCUACAGCGCCCCGUCCGGACUCCUCUAAGGACGAGGAGUCUGAGAUUGACUGGGCCCCCCUCGACAUUCCACCUGUGCCCGCGGAGUGGGGUGACUGCGAGGACGGAGAGGUGUCGGAGGUCGGCUCUCUCCUCACGCUGGACGAGGUGGUGUCCAACCCGGAGCCGGACCGCUUCCCGCUGGACCACAUGCCUGGGCUCUACGCCACGGCGGCGGCCAUCAUGGAUGCCCCCCUGCCACCGCAACCGAACCAGAGGGUGGAGGACUUCACCUCUGGAGCGGCUCCCUCAGGAUGCGGGAGUGACGCAGGGCAGACGGGAACAGACCAUCGUGUCACUGUCCACUCACACUGCCGCAUUGACUGCGCAUUCUGUCACUGUGCGGCUCAGGGCGACUCUCAACCUCAGGUGAUCGAUAAUCUUCACUGGGAAGUGGUUUGGGGGUUUCUUCCGUUUUGCUACAAGACCACAGAAGACCCUUACUCGCAUCAUGAAUUACCUUCGUCGCCGCCUCUCUGA